UUCAAUCACAUUAAGAGAGGGACUAAAAAAAUGAAGUCUACAGUGAUUUUAAGUUUUAUCGUUGUUCUUUCAAAGGCAGGUAGCCUUUGGGCAGCUACUGCGCAACCAAAUAGUGGCAAAAGUUCUCUUCGAAUGGUUCUGAUCCUGUUUCGGCAUGGAGCACGUAGCCCAAUUAUAACGUAUCCGACGGAUCCCUACGCCAAUUAUCCAUGGAAAGGAGGACUGGGAGAAUUGCAGCAGAAAGGAAUCGAGCAGCUUUUCGCUCUGGGCCAGAACAUGCGAAAACGGUACUAUCAUUUCAUACCGAAGCACAUCGGCGGCAUGAAGCGCAAAAUCUACGCAGUUAGCAGCUGCGCUCCCCGGUGCAUCUUGAGUGCUCAGAGUUUUUUGACCGGAUUCGUACAAACUUCUAACAGCUCUGCAGUCCUGAAGCAACCGGUGCCGCUGAACAUUCUACUUCCGGAACAGGAUAAGUUGCUACUUCAGAACAAAACCUGCCCGAAGGAUAAGCUUCAGCGCCAGGAGUUGCUGGUACAUCCUACUCCGGAGUUCGAGCGUUGGGUCCGGGAAGGAAAAGUUCUGAUGGAUUAUGUGUCUAAAAAGAUUGGAUCACCGAUUGAUCGAUUUUAUGAUCUUGGUAUCACUUUGGAUACGCUGGAAACGUUACACGUUUUAGGAUUGAAGCUACCCUCCUGGUCUGAGGGAUUAUUCCCACGAAAAGCUCGAACUUUCAUGAUGAUGUUCAUGAAAUCAUUCACAGGGACCCAGGAAUUGAAACAUAUACGAGGUGGCUCAUUGUUGGCUGAAUUUGUAACGAGGAUGAAAGACAAACGAGAUGGUUUCGCUCGAAAAAAUCAAAACAUUAUGAUCUAUUCGGGUCAUGAUCUAACUCAGGUUAGUCUGUUGAACAGCAUGGAAAUGAGAGAGCAUCUAGUCAAGCGACCCGAAUGUGGCUCAGCGAUUGUGUUCGAACUUCACCAGAACAAAAUGUUUCGGAAUGAUCUCGAAGUGAGGAUGUAUCGUUUUCGACAGCCCGCAGAUAGAAAUCCUAUGAAAAUGGUGAUCCCUAAUUGUCCAGCGCCCUGCUCUCUAAAUCAAUUUGAAUCAGCUUUCAAACAUUUGUUGCUAUACGAUUUUGAAGAAGCUUGUAUGUCACUGUAACAGAAUCGUGAUAACAUGUGCAUCAUUCAAUACCGAAAUGUAAAUAAACACAGAUGGUAAACAGUUGCAGACGCCCUGUCGGUUAACUUGUCAGCAGAAAUUUCAGAAAAUUCAUUAAUGAUUCACUCAACCCAACAGCUUAUCGGACAAAUUGGUACACGUAUUUAAGCUGUCUCCGGGUGCUGUCAUAGUUUAGUCAUAUUGGUGGAAACGGAUUAGUGAGCAUGGUCAAGUUUGUGGUGUGUUUAUUGUUCCUGAGUUUGACGUCGUCGGCGCCGUCAUGGUGUGACGCUGCUUCAUCAUUCAGCAGUGGGUCGUUGCGGUCCCUCCAGAUGGCAAUCCUCAUGUUCCGACAUGGAGACCGAAGCCCGAUAACGACUUAUCCUACGGAUCCACACAAGGAUUACCCGUGGAUCGGGGGCUAUGUCGCAUUGCAACCAAAAGGCAUCCAGCAUAUGUACGAAUUGGGCAAAAGCCUGCGCAGCCGGUAUGGAAUCCUGUUGCCUGACCAUGGUAUGUACACCAAAAACACAACCCUGGUGGUAAGCAGUGCAUCUGAAAGAUGCGUUUUAUCCGCUCAAAGUUUGAUGGCUUCGUUCUACCAACCACCGAAGAAUGCGAAUCUAUCUAUUGGAUGGCAACCGGUUCCUUUGGAGGUCUUAAGUUUUGAAGACGAUAUAAUCCUCGGACAACGUAGAAAUUGCCCUAAACUGGACGCCGUCAGACAAGUGUUGUUGGAAUCUCCGACAGCUGAAUUUGCGGAAUGGCAUCGCAAAGGAAUGGCAUUGAAGGAUUAUAUUUCGGAGCAAACUAAUACCUCGAUCCCUACAUUUAAUAGACUGUUUGAGAUUUGUGAUGCACUACAAAUCCAGCACGAGAACGGCCUUUACCUUCCCCAUUGGGCAGCUAAAAUAUUUCCGGAACAAGCAUCAGAGUUCAGCCAAGGUUAUCUAUUGACAUUUUCUGCAACAGACGAGCUGAAAAAAAUUCGUGGUGGAGCCAUACUGAAGGAUCUUGUUGAAAAACUGAAAGCCAAGCGAGACGGAACUCUUUCGCCCAACAGAUCCCUAUUUUUCUACUCGGCUCAUGAUGCUGCACUAUCAAAUUUGUGCAACACCCUCGGUUUAGAGUCAUUGGUUAAGAAACGAGCCGAAUACGGAGCAACAGUUGUUUUCGAGCUGUAUGAAACCUUGGGCAACGAUAUGGAGGUACGAAUAAUCUAUUAUCCAACAACAUCUACUAAAGUUCCGGUGCAAAUUGACAUUCCCAACUGUGGAAAACCAUGUUCUUUAACUAACUUUGAACGAUCAGUGAAACAUUGGUUGUUGAAUGAUUACGACGAGGCGUGCAAAAUUUCUCAGUAGAAUUAAAAAUAAAACAAAAAUACAAAAAUCCUCAAAUGAAUACCUUGACCUCAAAUCUAGUAUAAGUAAAUGUACUCACCUUGACGUGUUUGGCACCGAGUAACCGGGCCCGGAUCAACCCGGAACGCUUUCCGGUUCGCAGCACGUAAGUGCUCACCGGCAACGUCCGCACGUAAUCCUCCAGCUGCUGGCCCAGGUGUUCCCGCUCGCUGGCAUCGUCCACCAGGAUAAUUUCCUUCAGCAGCGGCCGGGGCGAUCGGUUAAUCACGCUCCAGAUCGUGCGCAGCAACGUGCUCCAGGCUUCGUUGUGGAACACGAUCACAAUCGAGGUGCUGGGCAGCUUGGCUGGGUAGUGUUUCUUUUUGCAGCUAAAAAAAGGUGGAAGAAAAUGUAGAAUUAGAUCAGUGUUCACUAAGAUAGAUGUGCUGUUAUUUAUGAAUGUUUGUAAAAUUUAUAAAAUUUGAUCGUGAAACAAUGUUU